AUGGCGUCUGGACAGGACUCAGCGCACAAGAAGCAGCAAGAGCUGCAAAUGCAAUACACUAAUUACAAGAAUACGUUACAAUCACUGGCACAGAAGGUUGGCGAGAUUGAGCAAGAGAUUGAAGAGCAUAAGCUGGUGAUUGAAACCCUUCAGCCACUUCCAGAAGAUCGCAAAUGCUUCCGACUCAUCAACGGCGUGCUGGUGGAGAGAACCGUGAAGGAUGUUCUGCCGGCACUGAAGACAAAUUCGGAUGGGCUGAAGCAGGUGUUGGAAGAGUUGGUGAAACAAUACAAGGCCAAACAAGACGAAAUGGACAAAUGGAAGCGGAAGAAUCACAUCCAGGUGGUUGCAAACCAGUAA